AUUUGAAACAUGACGAAGAAGAGGAAGGAGAAAUUCAAAACAUUUUGUUUUGAUUAACGUAUACGCUGGUAUACGCGCGUUGACGUAUCGUUUGUGGGAGCGUUUCCAUAAAACGGUGUAACAUGAACAUUUGAGUCAGUUCGAUAUUAAAUAGUGUCUCGCCUCUCAUCCGUGUUGAACAUUCAGUCUUCAUAAUAAUUCGCUAUGAAUGACGCGAAUGACGUUAUGACAAGUGUCUAUGACACGUUGCUGCACCUGCGAUAUCCGCACAUCACGAAUGCGGAGUCGCAGGAUCUGGAAAAGACGAUCCUCGCCGGUGAAAAUCGCGUCUGCUUGCUUUCCUGGCUUCUAACGGAGAGGUCGCCCACCAUCGCCGUGGAUUUGGCAAAACUGGGGGAUGCUGCUUUGGAAGAUCAGUUGUUUGAAUACUACUCACAGAUUGGGAUUUGUAACAAUAAGGAUAUAUUAUUGGGAAAAUGUUCCUUGAAGGAGCAACUUCCAGUAUUAAGAUCGUUGUUGGUUUUCAUGAAGAAGGUACAUAUGGAAUCUUUUACGAGUACAAACGAGACAGAAGAGAUGUUCGCGAAUAUUAUUAAGUUGUGCACUGAUGACGUGGACCAAAUGCUUCCUCUUCCCUUCGCUGUCAAACCUAAAGCAAGUUACACAGAAGCCAGCAAAUAUUUUGAGCAACGGGAGAAAGAGUUGUCGAGCAACGAUCACGAAGAUAUUAAAAUUAACUUGACUGAUGACUCGCAUGUGAGGACUGAUGAUAGAUUGCACAGUGGAGAGCGGGAUGAACUGUUCGACAAGGAGACAAAAAAGUUCAUAGAAGCAUUCCAGACAGUUCCGUCCUGGCCAGCACAAAACAGAAAUCUGGACAAAGACAUUACUGAUUCUAUUUGUUCAGACAUUAAAAGCGCGUGCUCCGAUUUUUCCACUUUAAAAAAGAUCUUGCGGGCGCGAGACGAGAUUGCCAAUAUAAGUGUACCGAAAGCAUUACCGAAGACUACUACAUCUCUGAACUCAAUUAUAGAAGAUAUUGUUAUUUAUAACGAGGAACUUGCAAAUCUAAGCAUGACGAACGAUAGCUCCAAUUAAUCUUGUAUUUCUAUGUAAUUUUAGGAAAUAAUCGUGUAUAAAACUUUGUACUGAAGAACCGAAUUGUCCAUUUCUAUAAUUUUGUGUGGCAUAUGUUAUAGAAAUUGUAACCAAGGGAUGAUGGUAUUUGCUGAUGAAAUAAAAGUGAAACGAG